GAAGGAUUUGCCGUUGCUCUUCUCAGGCGCGAAGCUCGAGUGAGCGGAGACCCAUUUCUGUCCUGCAAACCGGAGAAGGGUUUCGGAGGGGCUGGGGGACAUUUGGGACUUCCUCGGGCUCCUUUUGGCUGCCCUCGAGCAGGAGACCCGACGGAAGCCCAGGGAUCUCCAGGGAUGGAGGCCGCCCUCAGCCCAGAGAUCCACCGCCGGCGCUUCCGCGGUCUCGACGGCUGCCGCCAGGAGACCGAGGGGCCCCGGGAGCUUUGCAGCCGCCUGCACCGCCUGUGCCGCCAGUGGCUGCGGCCGGAGAGGAGCAGCAAAGGGGAGAUGCUGGACCUGGUGGUGCUGGAGCAGCUGCUGGCCCUGCUGCCCGCGGAGAUGGCGAGCUGGGUGAGGGAGUGCGGAGCCGAGAGCUGUUCGCAGGCGGUGGCCCUGGCCGAAGGCUUCCUCCUCAGCCAAGCCCAGCGGGAAGAGCCGGGAAAGGGGCAGGAGCCGUUCACAGAGGAGAUUUCAGCAGAGCUCCGGGACAGAGAAGAUCGAUCCAGCUCUAUUCAGGACCUGUUUUUCAGGAGGACCCAAUUCUGGCCACCUUCCCAGAGCUCUGAUCCCUUUGAGGAGGUGACUGUGGACUUCACAGAUGAGGAGUGGAGGCUGCUAGAUUCUGGGCAGAAGGCCUUGUGCAGAGAAGUCAUGCAGGAGGUUUCUAUCAAUAUGGCUGCUCUGGAUGAGGUGUUUGUGAAUGAGAACGACAAGGAAGCAUGCAUGCCUCUAAAAACUAUGGAGAAUAACUCCUUCGCUGCUACUUCACCAAAGAAACUGUAUGGGAAAUGCAAACCACAUACUUCUGUAAUAUCUUUGGUGGAUUCCACCCUGAGCAGAAAGAGGAAAUGCUGCAUGCAGUGUGGAAAGAGUUUCAGUACGAAAAGUAAUCUUAAUGUCCACCAAAAGAUGCACACCGGGGAGAGAUCAUAUGAAUGCAUAGAAUGUGGAAAGAGCUUUAUCCGGAAAGAAAAUCUUAAACUUCAUGAGAGGAUCCACACUGGGGACAGACCGUAUAAAUGCAUGGAAUGUGGAAAGAGCUUUACCCAGAAAGUAAAUCUUAAUCAUCAUGAGAGGAUCCACACUGGGGACAGACCAUAUAAAUGCAUGGAAUGUGGAAUGAGUUUUACCCGGAAAGGACCUCUUAAUCGUCACAAAAGGAUGCACACUGGAGACAGACUGUAUAAAUGCAUGAAAUGUGGAAAGAGUUUUAUACGGAAAGGACAUCUUAAACUUCAUGAGAGGAUCCACACUAGGGACAGACCAUAUAAAUGCAUGAAAUGUGGAAAGAGCUUUACCCAGAAAGGACAUCUUAAUUUUCAUCAGAGGAUCCACACUGGGGACAGACCGUAUAAAUGCAUGGAAUGUGGAAAGAGCUUUAUCCAGAAAGGAAAUCUUAACCUUCAUGAGAGGAUCCACACGGGGGACAGACCGUAUAAAUGCACAGAAUGUGGAAAGAGCUUUACUCAGAAAGAAAGUCUUAAUAUUCAUGAGAGGAUCCACACUGGGGAUAGACCAUAUAAAUGCAUGGAAUGUGGAAAGGCCUUUACCCGGAAAGGAAAUCUUAAUCGUCACAAAAGGAUCCACACUGGGGACAGUCUGUAUAAAUGUAUGGAAUGUGGAAAGAGCUUUACUCGGAAAGGAAAUCUUAAUCUUCAUGAAAGCAUCCACACUGGGGACAGACCAUAUAAAUGCAUGGAAUGUGGAAAGAGUUUCAUUAGCAACAAAAAUCUUAAACUUCAUGAGAGGAUCCACACUGGGGACAGACUGUAUAAAUGCAUGGAAUGUGGAAAGAGCUUUACGCAGAAAGGAAAUCUUAAUCUUCAUGAGAGGAUGCACACUGGGGACAGACCGUAUAAAUGCAUGGAAUGUGGAAAGAGCUUUACCCAGAAAGGAAAUCUUAAUCUUCAUGGGAGGAUCCACACUGGGGAAAGACCAUAUAAAUGCAUGGAAUGUGGAAAGAGCUUUAUCCGGAAAGAAAGUCUUAAUCUUCAUGAGAGGAUCCACACUGGGGACAGACCAUAUAAAUGCAUGGGAUGUGGAAAAAGCUUUACUCAGAAAGGUCAUCUUAAACUUCAUGAGAGGAUGCACACUGGGGACAGACCGUAUAAAUGCAUGAAAUGUGGAAUGACCUUUACCCAGAAAGGACCUCUUAAUCGUCACAAAAGGAUCCACACUAGGGACAGACCGUAUAAAUGCAUGAAAUUUGGAAAGGGCUUUACCGGGAAAGGACGUCUCAGUUUUCAUGAGAGGAUCCACACUGGGGACAGACCGUAUAAAUGCAUGGAAUGUGGAAAGAGCUUUAUCCGGAAAGAAAGUCUUAAUCUUCAUGAGAGGAUGCACACUGGGGACAGACCGUAUAAAUGCAUGGAAUGUGGAAAGAGCUUUAUCCGGAAAGAAAGUCUUAAUCUUCAUGAGAGGAUCCACACUGGGGACAGACCAUAUAAAAUCAUGGAAUGUGCAAAGAGCUUUACCCAGAAAGUUGAUCUUAAUCCUCACGAAAGGAUCCACACUCGGGACAGGACUUUUAAAUGCACGGAAUGUGGAAAGACCUUUACCCGGAAACAAUAUCUUAAUCUUCAUGAGAGGAUCCACACUGGGCACAGACUGUAUAAAUGCAUGGAAUGUGGAAAGACCUUUACCCAGAAAGGAAAUCUUAAUCGUCACAAAAGGAUCCACACUGGGGACAGACCAUAUAAAUGUAUGGAAUGUGGAAAGAGCUUUACCCAGAAAGGAAAUCUUAAUGUUCAUGAGAGGAUCCACACUGGGCACAGACCGUAUAAAUGCAUGAAAUAAUGACCUUUACCCAGAAAGGACCUCUUAAUCUUCAUGAGAGGAUCCACACUGAGAACAGACAGUAUAAAUUCGUGGAAUGUGGAAAGACCUUUACCCAGAAAGGACCUCUUAAUCGUCAAAAAAGGAUCCACACUGGGGACAGACCAUAUAAAUGCCUGCAAUGUGGAAAGACCUUUACCCAGAAAGGACCUUUUAAUCGUCACAAAAGGAUCCACACUGGGGACAGAUAAAUGUCUGGAAUGUGGAAAGAAGGUUAUCCAGAAAGGACAACUUAAUCUUCAUGAGAGGAUCCACAAUGCAUGAAAUGUGGAAUGACUGUUUCCCAGAAAUUUGAUCCUAAUUUUAAGAAAAAGAUGCACACUGGGGACUGACCGUAUCAAUGCCUGGAAUGUGGAAAGAGUUUCAUUAGGUACGUUCAUCUUAAUUGCCACCAAAACAACCACACUGAGCAGCGACCAUUAAAUGUAUGGAAUGUGGAAAGACCUUUAACUGGAAAGGAUAUCUUAAAUCGUCGCAAAAGUAUCCAUACUAGGGACAGUGUAUAAAUGCAUGGAAUGUGGAAAGAGCUUCAUUAGAAAGUCAUCUUAAUUGGCACCAAAGGACUCACAGUGGGAACCGACCAUAUAAUAGACUGGAAAAAGCUAUAUUGGGAAAGCUCAUCUUAAUUGUUAUGAAAGGAUCCACACUGGGGAUAGACCGCAUUAAUGCACAGAGUGUGAAAAUAGCUUAACUUGGAAAACACAAUUCUCAUAAAGAGCAUAUAAACCCACGUAGAGUAGAAAGAGCCUUUCUGAGGAGAGAGACGAUACUUGCCACCAAAGUAUCCACAGGGGAACCAGCCCUCAAAUGUAUUGAGUGUGGACAGAAAAAGCCUUUAAUGACUGCAGGUAGUCCUUGAUUUAGAACCACAAUUGAGCCCAAAAUUUCUCUUGUUAAGUGAGACAUUUGUUAAGUGAAUUUUGCCCCAUUUUACUGCAUUUGUUACCUAUGUUGUUAAG